AAUGAGAUAAAAGAGUCGCUCCAUUGUGAACGGGCGUACAGGACGUUACUGUCUGAUUGUAAUAUUCGUUUCUGUGAAAAUGUUCUGCGAAAUACCAGAAUUCGGAAGAUGUUGCUUUUGCAUGCCCCUGAGAAGAGGGAUAUUGGUGUUCGGCUAUUUAAAUAUACUAUUCUCCAUGUUCAUGAUCGGGGUGUACAGUCUUUCAGUUAAUGAAGGGUACGGGAUGCUCAUGUUGUUCCAUGGUGUCGCAACCAGAAUGGAGGAAGAGCUCUGUAUCACCAUAUACGUUGUGGACAUCAUAUUCAACAUUGUACUCUUGUAUGGGGCUCACAGAAAAAUGAUGAUCUAUUUGAAGAUAUUUUACUACUACACGCUAGCGACGGUUGUCGCUGUGGUUAUAUUGGAGAUAGUGUCCAUAGUCGGUUCACAAUUCUUCGAGGCUUUUGAACUGUUGGCUCUGUUUUGUUUGGGAUUGUGUAUACAUUUAUACCUUCUGUUCCUGGUGAGAACUCUCCUGAAGAAUAUGGACAUACAAGGUAGCGCAUAUGAGAAUCAACUGCAACAGUUCAUAAACGGGGAAAUUAGAGUCGAAGGGAACGGCGUCUACCCGAACAUUGUUGUUCCAAACGAAACAGUGUAGUGAAAUAAUAAUCUUAAUAAUUUAUUUUUAUAAUAAUAAUACAUUAUUUAUAAGUAUAACAUAAAUACUCAUUUGGUGAAGGCUUUGUUAGCUCGUAUACAAGACAAGUUUCAAAGUUUUAGUUACUACUUGCAUAUUGAAAAUUUAGUUAGACAUCAGUCUUGUCGGUUUAAAAUAUAUUAAAAAUGAUAGUAAAAAUACGUCCUUCAAGUAUUUUACAAAAAAUUUGUACAUAUAUAAAAGCUAUAAGGACUAUAUUUACAAGUGUUCUCUCGACAGAUUCACUUUAAAUCAUAUCUUAAUAUAAAAAUUGUUCAAUAUGAACAAUAAUUUAAUUAUCAUUGGUAAAUACAGCGACUUGGAACUGUAGGCCAAAGAGAUAAAUAUUGGGCUGUGUAUAAUAUAUUGUAUAUAACUCAUAAACUUAAUUUAGUAUAUAAAGAUUUAAUAAACUAAAUUUUAAUUAAAAAAAA